CAAGUAUCUGAAGACCCGUGCUUCAACCAGACUCACAGAGAGAUCUUUCUCGAUUGGGGGCGUGGAAGGGCUCCAAAGGCUCGUGGUAAACAAGGCAGCAUGCAGAAAAAUCCGAGAUUGACAAGUGCACAUCAGAUCAUAGCUAUAGCUAAGCAUAGAAUACGAUCUUUGCUGACGAGGAAUAGAGAACUAGGGCAAGAGCUAGCUCGGUCAAAGAGACUUGGAAGACUCAACAUUGACACUGUCACAUGAAAGUCACAUGAUGCCGCACGGACAGCGAUCAAUUUUCUUUUGCGUGCCUCACCUGUCGUUUCGAUGUUAUGCUGGCCGCUCGCCAGUCGCGGCCAUAUACCGCUGUGUUCAAAAGUCUAGCCAAACUAAGAGCUUCCCGCCUCACCGCCCUCAGUUGGCAUCUCCGGUCUCGCGUUGCUGCUGCACCGCACCGGACGUACUCCGAAUCCGUUGUCCACUCACAGUCACGGAACGGACUUCCUCGCGAUGGAAACGUAGCGGAACGUCUCCAAGCGUAUCCCGGGAAGAAGCAGGAAAAGAAGAAGCGGCCAAAGGAGCUUAAGCACCCUUUCGGGUCCAAGGGAGAAACAGUGCAAGACCAGGUUCUGGAAUUGGAGCUCAACAACGGCGAGCAGCCCAUCAGAGAGUCGGGGCUAUUUGGGACGAAGCCAUCCUCUUUUUUCGGUCACCCCAAGGGUCCGAAACAGAGCCAUGAACGGAGCAUGUUCCCCCCACAUAUCACUCAGUCGGCCGGAGCGAAUCUCACGCGAUCUGUAGUGCUCGGAGUGCUCCCCCGAUUCACUACCGUGUCCGAUCUCAGUCGGCUUGCGACCUUCGUCGGCGUGCAGCCCCGUGAAGUGGCCAAAAUUGCUGUCUUCGGUCUCCUCUCACCAAGCGGGGCUCCCGAAGUUCGAGCUAAAAUCUACUUCACAAAUUCCCGGGCUGCAAACCUGUUCAUGAGCCAGGAUUGGAGUCUUAAACUCGCCGCAACAAGCAUUUCUACUCGAGAUUCGGUUAGCACUAUCCGCCCCGUCCUACGCCCUCCGAUUCUUCUGCCAUUUUGGAGCAAUGAAAGCUCUUUCGACUUUCAAGUAACGAAAAUACUGGCAAAACCGACCUCCGAGUUUCCUGUCGAGCCGGGUUUGUCGCGUUGGCUCACAUUUCGGGUCCCUGGGCCUAAUUUCCCGCUGGACACCUCUCUGUUGAAAAGAGGACCGAGGGACGCGGAAGAAGCAAAGAGCGCUGACGAGGACGGCGAGGACGAAAGCGAAGUGAGCAUCGCCCUCCGCAAGGCUCUGGCACGUGAACGCGCACUGGAAGACGAGCUCAUCGCUGCCCGUCGCGCCAUGCUGCAUGAAAUGAUGGAAACGAUCAAGGCCACCGCGAACGUGCAGGUACGACAGGACCUGGCGGGCGUGGGGGGACUGGAAGGCGUCUGGAUCCGGAUGGUCGAAUGCGAGACGAAGGACGGCGACAAACCGUCUUCCUCGAUGUACGAACUCCACGCUAUGGUCGCUUUCUGCGACUGCCGAGAUGCAGCACGAGCGCUGGACACGCAGGGCAUCCGACUGCCCGCCUACAGAAACUGUGGCAUCUCCGCCGUGACCAAACCGUGGCCCGAGGCCUUGGACCCCGAUUUUGUCAGCGAAUUGACAGUGGACCGUAUGGACGGUGUCGUCGAGUCGAAUCUUCAGGCCCAGAAACUCGAGGCAGAGCGUGAUCGUCAGCGCGGCGUCGCUGAAGGGACCUGGGGGAAAGAGACGUUGUCGGAACUCAAGGAGCGCAUGAUGAGGUCAGCGAAAACAAGCAAGCACGCCUGA